AGAGAAGGCGCUUUACUAACAUUCGUACCUAUCGCUCGUUGUGUUCAUAAUUUAAUAAGAUCCAUCUUUCAACCUUUCUCUAGCUAGCAUUCGACUAUGUUAAAUUGUUAAUAUUAUAUUUGGUCACGAUUGCAUAUAUGAUAAAAAUGGGACAUAAUCGGUGAAAAGCUUUAAUUAGUAAAAGCUAGACGCAAAGAACCGAUAACCAAGUAAGCUGUAACUUUCACGUGCUACGUAGCAUCAUUAUUGUCCAGUAGUAAUUUGUUUUUCCUUUUGUCGGGAAACGAUACUGUAAUCUUAUGAAGUAAUAAUUUUUCAACAGUUUGAUUCAGUAGAGAUUAUAUGCAACACUGGUCCAAGAGACAAAACAAUCUUUGGGAACUAAAUCUUCCAACAUUUUUACUAAGUUAUUUAGCUUUUCUUUCGAUGAGCAUGGACUUGUAACAAAGUUUAGGUUCAGCUAGGAUCCUAGGACGGAGACAUUUUCAAUAUAUAUUGCAAGCAAUAGCUUGUACAUAUUAAAUCAAGCAAUAGCUUGUACAUAUUUUUCUUAUGUUUUCACAUUAUAAUUUAAUACAUAUUAAAACAUAUUAAAUUAGUAAAAUAGAUGUCAAAAGAUUACUUUAUUUUAGUGUAUUAUCAUAUACCAUACCGCCACCUCUAGACUCUAGUCAUCUCCAAAAGACCACUUUAAAAUCUUUUGCCUUUGAAGCUUUUAAAAUCAAGCAUAAAUCUUAUUAAUCUUUUUAAAAAUGUAUACACUAAUAAAUAAAUAAAAGUUCGACACGUAACAUGAGAGUUGGUUUUGUAAUAUAAUAUUAGUUUUAAUUAUUUGGUCAGCAAAAUAAUUGUUCUAUUUGUAAUAUAAACACACACCAAAGGAGAAAAUUUCACACUCACACACAACCACCUCGAGUUCUCUCUACCAUACAAAAAAAAAAGCAAAAAAAAAAGAAACCAAAACCUCAGAGAUUCGAUCUUCAGCACCCAUGGCGGGACAGUCGCGAAAAUGGAUGAUUCUAGUGGCGACGAUAUGGAUUCAGGCUUUCACGGGGACGAACUUCGAUUUCUCGGCCUACUCUUCGGAGCUGAAGUCGGUUCUUGGGAUUUCGCAGGUGCAGCUGAACUACCUCGCCGUCGCUUCCGAUCUCGGGAAGGUGUUCGGGUGGUCUUCGGGGCUUGCGCUGAUGUAUUUUCCGAUUUGGACGGUGCUUUUCGCGGCCGCGUUUAUGGGGUUCGUCGGUUAUGGAGUACAGUGGCUCGUCAUAACUAACUUCAUCUCUUUACCUUAUAUUAUGGUGUUCCUCUGUUGCUUACUUGCUGGUCUAAGCAUCUGUUGGUUCAACACAGUCUGCUUUGUCCUCUGCAUCAGUAACUUCCCUGCAAACAGAUCACUUGCUCUUUCCCUCACCGUCAGCUUCAACGGUGUAAGCGCUGCUCUAUACACUCUCGCUUACAACGCAAUCAACCCAACCUCUCCAGAGCUCUACCUUCUCUUAAACGCUCUUAUCCCUCUUGUCAUCUCUUUCACUGCAAUCAUCCCCAUCCUUCGCCAACCGCCUUUCGAGCCUCUUCCACCAGAUGGAGUUCGCCGUGACUCUCUCAUGUUUCUGUUACUCAACAUUCUCGCCGCUUUAAACGGCGUUUACCUCCUCCUAUUCGAGUCAAAAUCCUCUGAUUUAACCUCCGCUCGUCUCCUCUUCGGUGGAGCAAUCCUCCUCUUGGUCCUCCCUUUAUGCAUCCCCGGUUUAGUCAUCGCUCGGAGCUGGUAUCAUCGCACGAUCCACACCAGUUUCCGUCUCGAAGGUUCGGGUUUCAUUCUCGUUGAUCCUGAUGAGCUUGAGUUGCAUAAAGGGAUGCUUGCACAUGAAGCCAGUCGAGAAAGCUACCAGUUGCUGGACGAUGAUGUCGUGUCAAACCCGGUUAAAACUAUACCUGUGGAGGAGGAAGGUGAUGCUGAUGAGUCUUCUUGUUGCAAGAAGCUUGUCACAAGAGGUCAGCUCGAGCUACUGGGAAUUGAGCAUUCUUUGUGGCAGCUCUUAAGCAGAGCUGAUUUUUGGUUCUACUAUAUCGCCUACUUCUGCGGUGGAACCAUUGGACUUGUGUACAGCAACAACCUCGGACAGAUUGCUCAGUCUUUAGGACAAAGCUCAAACACCACAACCCUUGUCACACUUUAUUCCUCUUUCUCCUUCUUUGGAAGAUUACUCUCCGCAACACCGGACUACAUCCGAGCGAAGGUUUAUUUUGCAAGAACCGGGUGGCUAGCAAUCGCGUUAUUACCAACACCAAUCGCGCUGUUCUUGCUAGCAUCAUCAGGAACCGCGUCAGCAUUACAAGUGGGAACCGCUCUGAUGGGUCUAAGCUCAGGAUUCAUAUUCGCAGCAGCGGUUUCCAUCACAUCAGAGCUUUUUGGACCAAACAGUGUUGGAGUCAACCACAAUAUCUUGAUCACAAACAUACCAAUAGGAUCACUGAUCUACGGUUUCUUAGCUGCACUUGUCUAUGACUCGCAUGGUUCGACCGGGACCAAAACCAUGACCGACUCGGUCGUGUGUAUGGGACGAGGUUGCUAUUACUUGACGUUUGUCUGGUGGGGAUGCUUGUCGGUUCUCGGACUAGGUUCGAGUCUUGUCCUCUUUAUAAGAACUAGAAGAGCUUAUCAACGGUUUGAACAAGCUCGGAUAAGUUCAAACAUUGAUUCGUAGAAACUUGUCUCAAACCCUCAAUGUCUUGUGUGUAUAUCAUCAUUAUAUGUAGGAUCUAAGCUAUUAAUGGACUGUUAUAGAUUUUAUAUUAUCAUUACAGUUGUUA